UCGUGACCCGACAGUGUGUUACGUGUGUUUGUGCCUGGCGACACACCGACUACCGAAUGCCGUGUAAGAGGCAAAUAUGUUUCAGCUUAAACUCUCCAAAGUAACCGAGGACAGCGCAGACACGGAAAAUAGCAAGCCCUCAUCAGAAACCAGAGUGAAAACAACGUCAGUGGAGAGAAAAUCUAGGCAGAAUUCGAGUAGGGAUCAUGGGUACGAGAAGACGCGACAGUCAGUAAGAACUCUUCCUCCUUUGAAGGGGAAGGUACCUCCGAGCAAAUGGCCGCAUGGACGUGCCUCUAUCAGCGAAGGUAUAAAACCACCAAGGAAGCAGACGGCAAGCGAGGCAGAUUCCCAAUCAGCUCUGGACCCGAGGCGUGCUUCUGUUCCACUGCCAAAGCAAAGUGGUAAGACCAUGUUCGCAGGCCUUGGACGAAAGGUAACAAGCAUGGUACGCGCUAGAUUGGCCUUCCAGGGAGAUAACAAGAAACGAGACGAAAUCAUGAACUCUAACACAAUGGAAGCGAUCCACGAGAUGCCCAAAGCCCCGCGUUUCAGCUCCUUCCUCUCCCCGGAGGCUCAGUACGCUAUGAUGAUGGGGUAUGAGGAUGUUCUUCAUCACCAGCUCAGCAUGUCUCAUCCAGAGUACCGCUCGGUCCUGAGGAGGAACAAGACCCCGAUGAUUCGCAUGGGAAUUGUAAAACUGAAGCACGGCAAGAUAGGCGCGUCAAGAACAUCCUUAGCUGUUGGAGACGGCGGAGGUGAUUCCGAUCCGGAGACUGAGGCGACACCUGCACCACCGGAAGUGGAUGAGGACGACAUGGAUGAAAUGUGUAGAGCUGAUUCACCAAGCCGCAAAACUAUGGCGCCUUCUGCCACCAACACAUCGACGUUGUUUUCCCAAAAGACAUCGUUGCGGAAGUCAAAGGCUCAGAUGAUUCCCCUGGAUCGGCGUCUGGAACUGACAUACAGGAUGGAGAGCGCGAUGGACAUCUUGGACACGCUGAGGCGACAUCACGGUCAGCCUCCUAUCUCUCCCCGAGUCCGGCUGAAUAAACGAGCCAUUGCUCCCAUCAGAGACUAUAACUCGUGGACGAAUGUAUGGAAGAGAGAAUUUUCCCAAAGUGACAGAAGGCACUCACCUAAAUUUAAGGUCUGAAAUUCUUUUUUGGAAAAACAAUGUGAAAUAUUCAAUGUCCAAGAGUGUUUGUGGGUUUGCAUCGUAUGACAUAGAAACGGAUUUGAAGGUUUGUGGUGUAUUUCAUGGGCCGUUUGAACUGGCAAAAAAAUAUAUAUAUUUCAAUGUCAUUGUUGUCAACAAUAGCGAGAAAACAAAUACUUGUGUAUCGAGGAACUCAUCGUUCCAUGUGACGCCAUUUUUUAUUGUCUGUAAAUAGUCAUAUCUUCUGAAAUCAUAUAAAAUAUCAAAUCUAUUGUCUUAAAACAAAUAUUUGUUUAAAUGUAUCUACCGAACGAUAAGGGCUUUUUACCUUAUAUUGUUCUUUUUGUUUGAGCAACAUAUAAAAGAGCGAUCAUCCGAACUGUACGCCUGGAAAAGAUUGACUGUUUGCCUCUCCAAUUGUAGUCAUAAAAAGUGCUUGUAUGUGUUAUUUUGUUGUAUAACGUUUAAAAAACGUAAUUGCGAUUUUCAUUAACAUACGUUUGUCAAUUACAUUUGUUCUGGUAUUUGGUUUCGCUUUCGUGCUGUUCUGCGCUGAACUUCCGCUUCACGUGCAUUAAGAAACAGAAACAGCAAUGCCAGAAGGGGAGCACAAUUGCGCCCAUGGGGAUGCCUAUUUCUUGCCAAAAUGUCCCCUCAUUUCACUUAGAUUGUCCAGCAUCUUUCGUGUUGGUUUUUCAAAUAACGUCAGAAGACAUUUGCUUUCAUUUUUGAAUAAUUGACCUGAAUCUUUAAAGACAGAGAUGUAAACUACGGUUAUAACGAACUGAAAGGGACCACUGAGUUUAGUUCGUUAUAACCGUAGUUUGUUUAAAGCAUAUUUACAACAUAAAAUCAAGGAAUGGACGGGACCAAAAAAACAGUUCGUUAUAUCCGUCAGUUCGUCCUAAGCGUGUUCGUUGUAAACGUCGUUUACUGCAUAUCAAAGGUCACCACGUUUAGUGACAAAUGUCAUCGGGAUUAAGGAAUGCAGUUUUAUCGUGUGGAAUAAACGAUUUCAAGUUAAAGAUAAGUUUAUGUUAUAGUAUGAUAAUUGCGUCCGUCUUGUUAUUAGCGCUUGGAUUGCUUGAAUCAUAAUUAACAAGAGACCAGCACAGGAAUGCCUGUGAAUCACCUGCAUAUUAUCUGCCUAAGUGUAUGUCGUGAUGGGCUUACAGUAAACUGCCGGUUAUAACGAACUCAAAGAGACCACUAAUUUUAGUUCGUUAUAACCGUAGUUCGUUAUAAGCAUAUAUGCAGCAUAUAUACAAAAAAAUGUCGGGGACUAAAAAUAAGUUCGUUAUAUCGGUCAGUUCGUUAUAAGCGUGUUCAUUAUGAACGUAGUUCACUGUAUUAUGAACAGCAUAGCCCUGGACCUCCUUCCUCAAAACAGUCUUAGCGCAUUCAUGUCCCCGCGGCAGAAAACUACAUUCGCCAGCCUGCGGUGUAGACUUUGUGUUUCGUAUCCCUCCCGGCGAAACGAGUUUUCCAUAAACAAAAAUGUACUCUAUCUGAAAACA